AUGACAAAUCUGGAAAAACAAGAAGAUGAAAUCUUAGCAUUACAAUCAAUAUUUGAUAAUAAAUUUCGUCUUCUCGAUGAAAAUAAUCAAUAUGAAAUUUUAAUUAAUUUUGAUUUAAUUGAACCAAUUGUUAUUGAAUUUAAUAAUGAAAAAUCUCUUAUUCAUUAUCUACCAUCAUUUACUCUUAUUAUUCAUUAUCAUGAUCAAUAUCCAAGUGAUUAUCCUCCUUCAUUUAUUCUUUCAUGUUUUUAUUUUUCUAAAUUAUCUUUACAAAAUCUUUGUCGAAAACUUGAUAAUUAUCCAUUUAUAAAAGGUGAAGUUUGUGUUUAUGAUUGGAUUGAAUUAAUUAAACAAGAAAUUACGAAUGAAUUUACAAUUCAUACAAAAAUCGAUGACCGACUCAAUGAUCCACGAGCAUUAAAUGGAUUUUUAAAUGAGAAUAUUGAUCAAAUUUAUCAAUAUUUAAUUAAUUAUAAUAAUGAACAAGAAGAAAAACAAUUUCAAAAAAAAUUGCAAACAUGUUCAAUAUGUACAGAUAUUCUUCCAGGAAUAGAUUGUAUUCGCCUUCAUCGUUGUGGACAUUUUUAUUGUCAAUCAUGUUUAAAUGAUUAUGUUAAAAUGACAUUAGAUAAUGGAAAAUUUGGUGAAAAACUUGUUUGUCCACAAAAUCAAUGUCAAAAAGCAUUACUUCCAAAUGAAAUUAAACAAAUUAUUAAUGAUGAUCAUUUAUAUCAAAGAUAUGAAAAAUUAACAUUACAACAUGCUUUAGAAUUAAUGAAUGAUAUUAUUUGGUGUCCAAGAUGUCAAUUUGCUGUUCUUGCUGGAAAUGGUGAUGAUAAUUUAGCUAUAUGUGAUCAAUGUCAUUUUACAUUUUGUAAAAAAUGUAAAGAAACUUUUCAUUUUCAAGUGAUGUGUCCAAAAGAUUAUCUAAUUGUACAAUUAAAAUUACAACAACAAAAAGCACGAGAAAGACUUUUAAAACAACAGGAAGAAGAACGUGAAAGAAAUCGAGUAGGAGAAGAAAAAGAUCAAAAAAGAAUUGCCAGACAACAAGAAAAAGCUCAAAUAGAAUUAGCUAAAAUUGAAAGAGGAAAAAUAACAUCAAUGAAGAAAAAUCUUGCCAGACAGCAAUAUCGUGAAAUUAUUCUUGAUUCAUCUGAAGAAGAUAUUCUAUUAGAAAAAAUCCUUGCUGCUGAACAAUUAGAAGCAUCGAAUACUCAACUAUGUCCAAAUUGUCGUGUAAGAAUUGAAAAAAAUGGUGGUUGUUCACAUAUGCAUUGUUCAAGAUGUAAUUUUGAUUUUACUUGGUCUGUACCAGAAGAACCUAAACUUCCCGAAAUGACUUCUUUGUUAUAUCAUGCUUCUAACACUAAGUCAGUUCAAGCUAUCAAAGAAAAAUUGAAUCCAAAUUUAAAUUUAGUACAAUCAUCAGAACAAAAAACUGAUUCUGAUCAAUUGAAAGAAAAUGAAAAUGAACAAAAUUCAAAAAUUUUAAUUAAUAAUCGAUCACUUCUUGGUUCUGCUAUUAUCAAACGAGUGAAACAAUGUCCCAAUAGUUUAUGUAAUAAAAUCAAUGUUAAAAUAGAAGAAGACAAUUGGAUUGUUUGUAAUGGAUGUUUGAAACAAUUCUGUUUUUCUUGUUCACAACCCAUUGAUGGACCACAACAUUUUGAAAAGAAAUGCGAUCGUUACACGUCAUUUAAAUAA